GGUGCGACAAAGCUCACGAAGGACGACAUCGAACGAGUUUUUGCUUUAUAUGACAGAGAUAAUAAUGGUACAAUCGAAAACGAAGAACUACGGGGAUUUCUUAAAGAUCUUUUGGAAUUAGUUAAAAAGGAUUAUGAUGCUCAAGAUUUGUUAGAUUUUGAAGAAACUAUUUUAAGAGGGGUAGAUUAUAAUCAAGACGGUAAAAUUAACAAAAAGGAAUUAACAAUGAUCCUUUUGGCAAUUGCGAGGCACAAUCAAGAAGAAGAAUCGUCCGCAUAAACAAACCACUGACCUGACUUAUAGAUAUGAUUUACAACGCGUAUUAAAAGUUGCCAAUUUCCUAAAGUAAAACGUUGUAGCACAAUAUAUAUUUAACGAAAAAUGUUUAGAAUAGUGGAUAGGUAAUGAAGAGUAGAUAAUUACUGUGACACCAAAUUCUCACUAAUGUGAUUGUUGCUGACGAUGUUUUCCUACCUCUAGAAGAAAUUAAAAGAAAUCAUCUCCGUUUUCUGUAGGUACUCUACAUUCCUAUAAAAUUGUUGAUGUUCCUAAAAUGUUUCCAACUUUACAUCUUUACAAUCAUACUUAAAAAGCGUGAUUUUCAAAGAAUGUAACAUUCCGGCACUGCGUAGGUAUUCUCAUUUACAAUUAGAAUAACCAAAAAAUUCAAUCUUAAAGAAUUCGUCCAUUUUUGCAUAUCUUGUCCUUAAACUUUAGCUAUUUUAAUGUAAAUAUUAAGAUAUGUGUAGACUAAUAUUUUGUGAGAUAAUUUUUGUAACGCUUUAGCAUUAAUUAGUUUUUUUACAUUGUACUGAUAUUCUUGAGUUUUGGAAACUAAUGACGUUUCUCAGCAAGACUUUCAAACUAUCUACUACAAGUGAAUAAAUGUGUGCAAGGAGUAAGAACCAAAUAGUUGAAUGUAGUUAGGUAGAGAUAACUACUUAUCACACGGAAUGUGUUAAAUAAAAUUUGCAUUAAUAAAAAUUUUUAGCACAUUUUUAAAGAGAAAAAUUGCGCUUAGGUAUUUACUGAAGUCCUUCCGUUCUCUGUACGAAGUGUUGCGCAUUCAUCACAGAAACAUUGUACAGGGCGUAAAUCGAACAGUGGAACAUAGGCGUUUAACAUGGGAAAUUACUAUUUCUUUGCGCAAACGUUUUCUAAUUAUUUUACGCAAAAAUACUUCAAAUAAAAGUUAUAGAGAUAUAAAUUCUGCA